AUGGUUGACGGCAUUCAAUGUCUGUUGCUUGGUACUGUCAUGCUCUCUCUUCGUUUCGAGCUUUCUCCUCAACGAGAGGAGUCCAGACUGGGCCUUGCGGCAGACUUCGUUCUAUUAUUCAAAAUCGAAACAGAGACAAAGGUUGUGGCUGGUACACUGUUCAACGAGGAGACACUGAGCGAACAAGACGCGCUUCUUCGCACAUACCCAAAUGCUGCCGUCGACCAGGCAUGGAAAGAGGUGACAGAUGUUGGCAUCCUCGCCAUUACGUCGGAUGCGGUCAAAAAACUGGGCAAAGAUCCAAGCAAGACUGUGAGGAUACCGUCGGAAUGGGGCUUUGGCAAUGACGCCCAUCUUGCACAGAUCGACGGCCAACAUGCCCUCCACUGCCUGAAUGCGGUUCGACGGUAUGCGUAUCGAGAGGUUUACUAUCCAUAUGUCAACGAAUCGAGCAUAUCACACGGACAAAGCGCUCUCAAACCUUUCGACCAGGCUCACCUUUCGCAUUGCCUCCACGUUCUUCUGCAGACACUUACCUGCACUCCGAGCCUGGAUAUGAUUACCUAUAAUUGGGUCGAGCCCCAGGAUUAUCCAUUUCCGGACUUCGCUAUCAACAAGAAGUGUAUGAAACACGACGAGUUGCUGCGUUGGCAAUCAGAGAAUCAGCUCUCGCAAGAACAAUGGGUAGACAUGUCCCUCCGAGGGCCAGGGCCAGAAGACACUGUCCUGCCUAUGCCCGAAGAGCUUCGAAAGUGGCCAGAGGCGGAAUAG